UCAUCUCCGCCUUCAUUAUGUGAAGUUCCGAGGUUCACGUGACGUCACGGUCCACAAUGCGCGUGGUCCGGGCUGCCGACGUGGCGCGCGAGCUGCUGGCUGGGCGGAAACGGGCUGCGCGCGCUGUCAGAGACACCGGGCACCAUGUCACAAGAAGUUGCAGUGGGCGACACCGCCGUACCCCCUGACCCUCCUGUUUUAAAAACACCUUCAGACGAACACGCUCCUGUAGUUGCAGACAAAACAGAUGAGCCUUCUUCCAGUCCUUCACUCUCAUUGGAUGCACCAGAGCAUGAGCUGGCCAAUGAGGGUGCAGUAGAAUGUGCUCCAGUCAGCCAGUUAACAGAGCCACCACAGGACCAAUCAGAGGAACACGGCUGCGAUCAGGUGACUGAAUGCAGCGAAACAGUGAGCUUGGAGCCGGAGGUUGCGGAAGGGGAGGUGGAGCCCUCAGACCAGCCCACAUCCAAAAGUUGGGGUGGUUGGGGAUCCUGGGGGAAGAAUUUGUUGACGACCGCCACCUCAACAGUAGGUCAGGGAUUAAGCUCAGUUCGGGAGAAAGCGGGCGUGGCCUUGCGGAUGCACAGCACAUCAUCGUGUGAGGAAGCCCUGGAGGUUGAAGAACCUCAUGAGGAGGACAACCCAGUGGCUCAGCCUGUCAGUCCAACCAACAGAGGAGUGUUUUCCUCCAUCACCAGUGCUGUGCAAAACACAGGGAAGUCUGUGCUGACCGGAGGACUCGAUGCGCUGGAGUUCAUUGGCAGGAAGACGAUGACGGUGUUGGCGGAGAGCGACCCAGGCUUUAAGAAGACCAAAAUCCUCAUGCAGCGGACCGUCUCGCUCUCGCAGAUGCUGAAGGAAGCGAAAGAGAAGGCACGCGAGAGGCUGAGCAGUCAGAUGGUGUGUGAACCCACGGCUCAUUACGGCAUCCUGUUUGAUGAUUAUCAAGGUCUGUCUCACCUGGAAGCUCUGGAGAUCCUGAGCAAUGAGAGCGAGGGGAGGGUUCAGGAUGUUCUUUCCUCCCUCGACGGCGAGCAGUUGGAGCUUCUGAAGAAGGAGCUGAUCGAGAUUAAGGAGAUCUUCGAGACGAGGGAGGAAGAGGAGGAGGAGACGGAGGAGACUGGUUCGGGGGGAAAUGGUGAACUUUAUUCCCAAAUUCGCUCUUUCAGCCCGCUCUCCGCAGAUGGGGAGGAGUUUGUCAGUGUUCUCACAGAGCUGCUGUUUGAACUGCAUGUUGCUGCUACACCGGACAAACUGAACAAGGCCCGAAUGAAGGCCUAUGAUUGGAUAAGAGAGACGGAGAACCCCGUUACCAAGGAGGAAACGGAGGAAGUGAUGGAGGAGGAAGUGAAGGAAGAGAACUCAGAGUCGCCCCCUACAGGACAGGAAGAUGUAGCCAAAAAACAAGAAGCAGAGACAGAAGAAAUGGAGAAAAACACACAGAAAAGCACGACAGACAAGGUUGAGAGUGUGUAUCAGUGGUCGAUAGGCAGUCUUGCUGAGGUGACAGCUCGGAGUAUAGAGCAGCUCCAUAAAGUGGCUGAACUCAUCCUGCACGGACAGGACGUGGAGAAACCAGCGAGCCAGCAGGCCAAAAUACUUUCCAGGCUGACCUGCGCUAUGUGUAAGGAGGUUGGCUGUCUGGCACGCAGAUUCACAGAUACACUGGUGGCUGUAGGGAGUCAGAGAAAAGCAGAAGAGCUGAAUCCUCUGGUGAACAGCGUGACGCUGGAGGGCUCGAACAGCACGACCUACAUCCACAACGCAUUCCAGCUUCUGCUGCCGGUUCUGCAGAUCUCCCACAUCCAGACCAGCAGAACCCCGGCUAAAACCGAACCGGAACCGGAGGCAGAACCGGCUCCUACAGACUGACCUGCUCACCCUGUGUGUGAUACGUAUGUGUGAUUGUGUGCGUUUCCUUCUGCGACUGUCUACGCAAAGUGCAAUGCGCUGCAAGCCUGUGUAUGUUUCAGUUUUUCGGUGAAAUCAUCUACAUACAGACGCUUAGGAUCAAAUAAAUCAGAAAAAAAUAUUCUAUAAGAAUUGAUUAAGUUAUUUUUAACACUAGGGCCAGGUGUAAUAUUAGGAUCUUAUACUGUAAGAUUAGUUACUGUACAGACAAAUGCAGGCGAAAGUGACUGUAUAAUGUGUAAUGGCAUUAUGAAAUUGACGUCUGUAUAUGUUUCAUUUUCCUUUGUUUCAUUAUGUUUUUAAUGUAAUGAUUAGGUCACACUUCAUUUUAUCAAAGCUGUGUGCAUUACCUCUUAUACCACACCGCUGCAAGUCACAGGCUCAUAUUAAUGCGCUUGUUCAUAACCUAUGACUAAUAAUAGACAGAUUAAAAAUGUCUUAUUUAACAAAGAACAAUGUAUGAUCGUUGAUAUGAUGAAGCUUUUUGUAAGGUUUAACAUUUAUGGAAGGAGUCUCCAGCGUCAGCGCUUUGUAUCAGUCAGAGGUAACGAUGUAACUUUACGUUUUCCGCCAUAGGAAAGUCUUCAGGACAGAGGAGUUUACGCUUUGCAGUUUCUUAGUAACCUGACAAGCUGUGUAGUUUUUUUCUUUUUUUUUUUUGGUCUUAUUAAGUUCAAGAGAAAGAAAACAGGCAGGUGAGGGAACAAAUUGGCAAAUUGCUGUGGUAUAAGAGGAAUAAAACACUGCAGGACAUGCUGUUAUAGGAAAAUAAUCAACUUCAGGGUGGUAACAGUAACUCCGCUUCAUCACACCACCCUUUUAUGGUUUACAUUUACAUGCCUCUGGAAGACAUUAAAAUAUGUUAAAUAUCCGUAGUUAAAUCUGUACAUGACAGAAUUUAAUCGAUUGCCAAAGAUCUCUGAUUCUGUAACUCUGAUUACAGUUUUAAGGGUUAGAUGGUGUAGAUUAGCAUUUCCAAUUGUUGUAGAAUUUUCAAACUGAGGCUUUGGCUAGCUCACUUUGCUUUGUAAUCAUAAAGAACAUAUUUUUGUUUUAAAACUAACCAGCAAUGAACUUUGUAGAUAUCGUUGAUUUGUGCUGACUUUUCCAUUUAUGACCAGAUAUUUAAUUUUGAUCUGCGGCAUUUAUCUGUGAGUAAAUUAAGACAAAGUUCCGUACCUCAGUUAUUGAUUUAUUUUUGAGAACUAAGAAAUAUGUUUUGUUUCAUCUUAUUUGCUAAAAAUGGACUUAUUUUUAAUAAUUCACUGAAGUGCAUGUCCAGUUUAACGUCAUGUUUAACUGUGUUUGUUAAAUGUCAUUUUGUAAAAUAAUAUAAAAAAUAUACUAUUUAGACAUUGUGCACUAUUGUAUAAGAAACUCCAAAACAAUUCUAUAUUAAUUCUAUCAAUUCUAUAUUAAAUUCUAUAAAC